AUGCGUGUCUCACUUCUUCUUCAGGGCCUACUCUGCGUUAGUGUAACGGCAACCCGAGGCCGAAGGGUCCGAAGGGAGACUGUUAUAACUGACCCAGGUAUUGCAUCUGACUGCACCUUUUGGGAUAUUGUCGGCGAUAAGUCUCAGGACUGUGCAUACUUUGAAGAUCUCUACGGUCUUGAGCACAAGCUGUUUGUCGAAUAUAACCCCAGUGUCAAGGACGACUGCAGUGGCAUCCAGCAAGGCCACUCCUACUGUCUGGAAGUCAACCAUGGACUUCCUCGCGAGGAUAACCCUCCCAAGGCGAGCUCGACCGAUGGCUCUAAGCCCGAACCCACUGGAGACAAGAAGCCCAGCCCUACACAGGAUGGCCUCAUUGAUACGUGUACAGCCUUCCAUAUGGCCAAGAAAGGAGACACUUGUGCAAAGAUUAUCGCAGAGUACAAGACGUUUGACUUCAGUGACUUCUUCAAGUGGAACCCGGCAGUUCAGGACGACUGUAGCGGUAUCUGGGCUGAUACAUGGUACUGCGUAGGCGUUCCUGGAACACCCACGGCUCCAACACGAACGGCUGAACCGACGGCCCAGCCAACAGGAGUCAAGAAGCCCAGCCCUACACAAGACGAAGGGCUUAUUGAGAGCUGUACUUCAUUCCAUAUGGCUGCAAAGGGUGAAACCUGCGCCAAGAUCGUAUCUACCUAUAGUACAUUCAACUUCGAUACGUUCUUCAAGUGGAAUCCAGCUGUUGGCAAAGACUGCAGUGGCAUCUGGGCAGGCUACUACUACUGCAUUAGUAUUCCCGGAACCCCUACUGCAAAGCCUUCUGCAACUACUCCCAAGCCUACGGCAACUGGUGUCCAGAUCCCUGAACCGAUCCAAGAAGGCAUCGCCAAGAACUGCAACAAAUUCCACCAGAUCGCCAAGACUACUACUUGCUCCUCGAUCGAGAACUACUACAAGCUGCCGCUCUCUUUGUUCCUGACGUGGAACCCGGCCGUUGGCAAAGAUUGCAGUGGACUCUGGGUCGGGUACUGGGUUUGUGUUAGCAACGGUAUGGUUAAGAACUGUGAGAAGUUCCAUCAGAUCAAGUCAACAACAACCUGCACCUCGAUUGAGAACUACUACAAUCUCCCCUUUGCAACAUUCCUCUCGUGGAACCCCGCCGUUGGUAAGGACUGCAAAUCUUUACUCACGAACUACUGGGUUUGCGUUGCAACUAUUGGCUGGAAGCCUCCCACCAAGACCACUACCAAGACUGCUACUACAACCAAGCCCGCCAAUGGUAUCAAGACGCCUCCACCUGUGCAGCCGGGCAUGGUAAGCAACUGUAACAAGUUUCACAUGGUUCAGAAGACCACGACCUGCGAAUCCAUCCAAAACUAUUAUAAGAUCUCUUUGGCGGAUUUUGUCAAGUGGAAUCCUGCGGUUGGAUCGAAAUGCACUGGUCUAUGGGCGGAUUACAAUGUCUGCGUCGGGGUAAUUGGAGGCACUCCUACCAAGCCAGACAACGGGGUUAAGACCCCGUCGCCAAUUCAGCCUGGAAUGGUAAGCAACUGCAAGAAGUUCCAUGAGGUAGCUUCUACAACAACAUGUGAUUCGAUCCAGAAGUAUUACAAGAUCACUAUGGCUCAGUUGGCGAAGUGGAAUCCGGCGGUCGGCACUAAAUGCACGGCGCUUUGGGCUAAAUAUUGGGUUUGCGUUGGUGUGUAG